AAAGAGGGUCGGGGGUAGGGUUUUUGACGAGGUAGUAUGGGUGGCAACAAGAAGCGGGAGAAGCACAAAGGUAAAGCGAAGGCUACUGUGGACCCUUCUAUUGGCCCUGAUGAGGUGAGGAUAUGUGUCGAGUUUAUGGAGCCGGACCUAGCCUUCACAAAGGUCGCAAAGUUGGCAGCGCCAGCCAAAGCCACGGUCGAGGAAUGCCUGAGGAGUGCACAGAAGCUUCUCCCCACUAGGAGCGUGCUUGAUCCCAAAGACUUCGUUCACUAUGUCAUAGAUGGUCUCGAGGGGCUCACGGUUGCGGAGUGGGCGCAGCUGACACCAGGUUUGCCACCCACGGUGAACGUGUCCACGGAUGCGGGGAAGGGAUUGGUGGCCAAGUAUACUGCCUUGUCGGGGGAGGUUAAAGAGUUGGAGGCCCAGGUGAGAGACGCCCGGGAGCAAAAGCUUAGUUUGCAGGCCGAGGUGAAAGAAACCAGGGAGCAAAAGCUUAGUUUGCAGGCCGAGGUGAAAGAAACCAGGGAGCAAAAGCUUAGUUUGCAGGCCGAGGUCAAAGAUGCGAAGGAGAAAAAGGUCCAUGCGGAAGGCCUCUUGGCGGCGAAGCAAGAUGAAGUGAUGGAUCGCAUGGCCAAGCUGGAGGCGGAGACAAAGAAUGGUAAGGCGGAGUUGGAAAAGCAGCUGGAGCAGUGCAAUGCGAAGCUGGAGCAACUCCAGCUUGCCAACGCAGAUCUUCACAAGGCCAUGGCGGAGCUGCGAGAGCUGAACAAGAAGCACCAGGAACGGAUCUUCGAGCUGGAGUUUCUCGUAUACCAUGAGCACAAGUAGCUCAAGUGAACACAGUGUUAUUGCAUUGAGAUUGAUUCACGUUUACUUCGCAAGCACAAAGUAUGAAGUUGCGUUAAUUAAUGGGUGAAAUGGUUUCUUUCCUUUGGAGUCGGUUGGGUACAGCAAGAGACAAUUUGUCUCUCAAUGAAUGCUAACUACAAAAUUCGUAGUG